AUGGGGGAAGGCCAACUAAGACUAAAUGAGGCAAGAACUGGGGAAUAUAAAAUGCAGGUGGCUGUUGAAGAAUCACAAAUCACCUGUUUUCCUCCCAGUAACUUCUCGCUGAAACAGGCCACAUAUGUGGAUUUGUACUGCUGGGAGACCCUCCUCCACCGUCAUCUUCAAACAAGUGGCACUAUGCAGACAUCACUCUGGAUUCACAAGGUACUGAAAACUCAGGCUCAGUCUCACUACACAGCUCGAAGGGAGAAGUUCUUUGAGUUUCCACUUCUACAGCGUUACCUGGCUUGCAAGAGUCGCUCCUAUUAUUUUGUUUGCAUGUACUACAUGAGGCAGCUACUUAUGUUGGUGUUCAUUUCUGCUGCCUGCCUUUAUCUCGUCUAUUGCCAUUUCCCAGCAUUUUUCCAGGAUGAGUUCAGUUGCUCCAUCAAAUCAGGACUCCUGGCCAAUGAUCCUGGCAUCCCAUCUGUGAUUCAGUGUAAGCUGACUUCAGUGACUAUAUUCAAGAUGAUUAGUGUGGUUAAUGGUGCUGUCUACCUUCUCUUAGUCCCCAUGAUUAUUUACACCCUACUGCAGCUCUGUUACUGGGACAAACAAUUUUUGGCUGUAUAUGAGAUGCUUCCUGCAUUUAACUUGGUUAGUAAGAAGAUGCUGGGUUGUGCUCUGAAUGACCUCAACAUCAUUCUCCAUUUGCUGCGUGCAAACAUCAAUCAGCUGGAGUCAUUUAACCGUCUGGCCAUGGUGUGCGUUGUGAAGGAUGUGAGUGCAGGGGGACAUGGUUAUACCCUGUUAGAUAUGAUGACACUGCUUGUAGGAUUGGAAAACUACACACGUGAAGGUGGCGGCUAUACCACUGCAAGCACAGAAAAUGGGGAAAUUGGAUUGCAUCAGCGGGGAUAUUUGGGUUCUCAAGGAGAACAGUAUCAGGGACGAUUUCAAACAAGGGAGGCUACAGAUUGGACUUGUGGAAACCCUCAAAGCUCCUCAAGUUGCUGAUAUCACAACAAUGGCAACAACUCCAAUAAAUGGACUCUGCAAUUUCCCACAUUUUGCCUUAAAUGUAUUUGUGAUAAAAUGUUAAAGCACAUUCACUGAACAUGUACUCAAAGGACUGUAACAAAUUAUUGUAUUUCAUACAGGUUAGGUGGCACAUAUUAUUGUUUUCAUAAAAAAGUUUUAUUUUAUUCUGUUCUCUGUAUCUGAAA